AUGCCCGACUCACAUGAGCCUGCUUUCCCCAGCAGUGUCCAUCAUCGUCUCCAAAAUAAUACUAACCCGCCGCUUCUCCAGUUCCCAAAGCUACCGUCUGUGCCUCCUCCGUCCUCAGAGUCCGACGCUGAAGCAAUGACGUCAGACAAUCAUAGGUUUGAGCGACCCGGGAGCUCUCUCAGUGAGAGCUGGGCCACUCUCAGCGCUUCUGAUAUGUAUUCUGAGGACGAUUCCCGCUCAGACCAGACAGAUGUUGCCUCACUGGUGGGCCACAGUGUUCCUGACGAUGUCACCAGUCUCGAGGGGAGGGAUGAUGAUGAUAGUGAUGAGGUGGACAGUGCAGACGUGCAGAGUCUCUGCUCGGACCCGCCACCACCGCCAUCGCUUCCUCGCCAUAUCCACGAGCAGAAUCUAGAGGAUAGUGAAACAACAAUCAACACACCAUAUCAGUUGGUGUCUGACUCUAUUGAGUUUGUUGAGCCGGAUAACUGGCCCGAAGAGACUAUCGAGUUGAAGCACACAGUCCAAGUAUUCAGUGAAGCUGAGAUCCCAGAUUACCUGCGUGCUUCACCCUACCACCUUGGUGACGACCACGUAUCCUUGACUGUCCGACAGACCAUGGCUAAGUAUGGCCUUGAUCUCACUAAGCCAUUCCGUGCUCUAUAUGUCGGCGACUCGAAGUUCAAGCAGACUGUCCUAGAUAAGCUGGGAGAUGUCCUCGUUGCAGGCUCUGACCAUGGCUUCAGUACCGCACCAGAAGACUUCUCUCGUUUCCAUGUCGUCCCCGCAUCCUUUGGUACUGGUUCCAAUCCCAACUAUGCUGAACUCCUACCCAUCCAUGUCCAACUUAUCGUAGACGAGUGUUUCUCGAUGACUGAGAAGAGGGAAGACCACAAGCCAGUCACCAUUGGCCUUAAGUUAAAGAACCGAGAGGAGCUUCUCAAUUCAACAUGGACCGGCUCGGGCUACGAAAUCCAAUCAGAUACCCCAUGGACUCUUCCAGAUUUGGCCAUCUUCUUUAUACCCCAGACUGAAAAUCUUGUACCAACACGAAUCCGCUCCUUGUGCCGUACCUUCAUGGACAGACAUAGCGUACCAUGCAUGAUUAUCUCUGAAACCCUGCUCUGGAGCAAGGCUAAUUUAAUGGAUCGUCCUGACUACCGCAGUUUACACGUCUGUCUGGAGACCCGCGACAAGGAGACUGGCGAAUCCAGAGUGGUCGACAGAUAUCCAAUUGACCUGAAAACUUUUGAAAGCAUUGCACCCAGACAAUUAAAUAGGAAUCUCGCAUCUCUUUUGGGACAUACCUCUCCGAGAGCCGUCCCCAAAACGGUUGAAGCCCCAAAGGUAGGAAAGUUUUCGGAGCGACUUCAAGGCUGGAAAAGAUGGCUUGAUAUGAAGAGUUCAUCGGAUGGCUCUCACCGGUUUGUUGUCUUUGGCGCCCCAGUCGAUUUAGACACGGUAAUGGGCACACUUGCAAUUUUCACAAUUUUCACUGGCGUGGUAGUAAUAGGAGCAUUUUUCUUACACUUUAUGACUCUAGCGAUUCUUAACCUAUACACUCAUUUGUUUUCCAUGUCUACGUCCUCUCGACUCUCUGGGCCAGCUUCGGCUGCAACCUAUCUGCCUCCUAAAACAGCAACAACCAACACCGCAGAAACAUCUUUAAUGUCACAGUCGAUACGUGACCUUAUCAUACCGGCUUGUGCAGAGAAAGAUUCCGUCGACAUAGAUGCUUACAUUUCGAAGCUUACAAGUCCGCCUGACAGACAAGGGAACGAACCUGGCAGUUUCCAGAUCCAUGUUAUUGGAGACUGCCACAUCAUCAUAAAGCUACCAUCACGCGUUACAUCACGGCAGAAAUAUCUAAAGUUUGAUGUAACGGUAACCAGGGAUGAUCAGCAUAUUCCAUUUGAGCAGACACGUCUUUUCGACGGAGUAUAUGCACUGCGUCUACCCAGGGAGGAUGCAUACGGACUCCUUAACAUAUCUAUAGCGACAAAAACAAAACCUAUCAUCGAGCAGGUCACAGAGGUCGACUUCGGAACCCCAUGGCUUAAAAUAGCCAACUGGAAAAGAGCCGCACAGCAACUCUCCUCCAAACUUCGAAAGGACCUCAACGCCGCACAGGCCAGCCUCUCAGACGUAUAUAGCCGCAUGUUUGCUGACCUCCAUGAAAUGAGUGACAUCAUACGAGUGGAAGCCGAACUGGCAAGCCGGGACUCGCUGCAGCGUGCUGUCGAAACCGCAAACUCGAUACUGAAGAAGUCACAGAAGGUUUCUGAAGAAAUAAAAUUGCGCAUGCGUGACGGGGUGACGAAGUCUUCGAUGGCGUUUCGUGAGAAAUUGUCAACUGUUAAUCGGGACGCAAUGCGGGUUGCUAAUGAGGCGCGGAUUGGGGUUGAGAAGGAGGCGAAGAGGCUUUUGAAGAACCAUAAGCGUUCUUAUACGUAUGCGUAUGAUUUUAAUUUUACGAAACGCCUUGCACAGAAUGCGCAGCGGGUGAGGAGUUCGCAGGGGAUGGCUACCGCGCAGAAACAGGCGGCUCGUUUGUGGCAGCGGUUGCAGUCUACGUCGAAUGCGAAUGGGAAUGGGGACUUUGGAAAGAUGAGGACGAUGCGGAGUAAAUGUGGGAAAAAGGCCCAUGGGCAUAGCUGUCGCAGUUGUGGAUGCGGGGGUGGGGUUAGAUGA